GUUUUGCUAUGGGUCUAUCGAACCCGGAGACUUGCAAGUUGGUGUGAAAGGCUUACAUGGAAUUUUUUGUACCAUUACUGUGUGUCUGUGUGUAUUUAUAGGUUGUAGCAAAGUGUGAACAUCUACACCAUUGCAAACAUACAAUUGAAGAAAAUGAGUAAUUUGAUCUUUCUUUUAUUUUUCAUUAUCUCUUCUACCUCAUCCUCUUCUCUCAACACCACUCAUAAAUGCUCUGUUCAACAUACCCUCGCUUUGCUUCACUUUAAACAAAACCUUUCCUCCAUCAAUGAUAACCAUUAUGAGUAUGACUACAAAUGUAAAGAUUGGCUUGGCUCUGGUUAUUCUCCAGUUAUGAUGAACUGGAAUACAAGUACAGAUUGUUGUGAUUGGAAUGGAGUCACUUGUGACCACUCUACCGGUGACGUUGUCGGUCUUGAUCUGAGCUGUGGCAUGGUGCAAGGUAUUAUCCACCCUAACACCACUCUUUUUCACCUCCCUCGUCUCCAAAAACUCAACCUUGCUUACAAUGAUUUUACUGAUUCCCAACUUCCACCUGACAUAGGCAUGCUUUCUAGUAGUCUCACACAUCUCAACAUCUCUAAUUGUGGAUUUACUGGUCAAGUCCCCGCAGAUAUUUCACACCUUCGUAAAUUGGUGUCCCUUGAUCUCUCUUUGAACGGGAUUGAUUUCAAUCUUGAACCUCACGUUUUCAUCAAUCUGCUUCAAAAUUUAACUGUUAUGAAAGAACUUUCUCUUGAAUACGUGAUAAUCUCUUCAGUUUUACCUACUAAUCUUAAUAUAUCUUCUUAUUUAAGAUUGCUAAAUCUUCAAAACACUGGAUUGCAAGGAAACCUGCCUCACAACAUCUUCAAUCUUCAAUCUUUGGAAAAACUUGACUUGUCAUAUAACAGUUUUACAGGGCAUAUCCCUUCAGAGAUCUCACUUCUUCCUAAACUGGUUUCGCUUGAUCUCUCUUUGAAUGGGAUUGAUAAUUUGCUAAUUCAACCUCGUAUUUUUAAUUAUCUCCUUAAGAAUUCUACUUUUUUGACAGAGCUUUGGUUGGCUCAAGUUAAUAUAGGUUCGGUUUUACCCACCUAUCUUAACAUCUCUUCUCCUCUAAGAGCACUUGAUCUUAGCUCCACCAACCUGCAAGGGAAAUUACCUGAUAACAUCCUAAAUCUUAGAUAUUUGGGAGAAGUUUAUAUGUCAGAGAACAUUAAUCUCUCUGGUCCACUUCCCAAGGUAAACACAAGCACUCCCAUCCCAAUCUGGUGGUUAGAUCUGUCAAAAACAAGCUUAUCUGGAGAGAUACCCACCUCAAUUGGCCAUCUCAAAUCUUUAGAGUACCUGGAUCUCUCAGAUUGUCGAUUGAAUGGGUCCCUUCCGAAAUCCAUAGGCAACCUUACAAACCUUGUUUUUCUAUAUUUACCAUCUAACAAGCUUUCCGGAACACUGCCUUCUUCAUUGUUCACCCUUCCUUCUUUAGAAUAUAUUAGACUUGGUCAUAACAUGUUCCAAGGAAAUAUACCACUUGAAUUGUUUUCUCUUCAAUCAUUAAAAGGAUUAUCCCUCACUAAAAAUCAAUUAACCGGCCAGAUUGAUGUGCUUGAUCAUGGCCCCCUUCUACAGACUUUUCAACGACUUACCAACCUCACUUACAUAGACCUUUCAUCUAAUAAUUUUAGAGGUGACUGGGAGUUGGAUGCAUUGUUAUCAAGCCUCACAAACCUUGAAACACUCAUUCUCUCACACAGUGGUAUAUCUGUUACGACCAGUAAUGCUAAUCAUUAUGUCAACCCUAAUUUUGGGAUCAUAAGUUUGGUCUCUUGCGAUCUAAAGGUGUUUCCAGAGUCCUUUCGAGCCAUGAAAAAAGUUAAACACUUGGAUCUAUCUAGUAAUGAUAUACAUGGACACAUUCCUGAUUGGAUAGGGGAGAUAGGGGGAGACAAGUUGUUGGUUUUGGAUCUUUCAAAUAACUCCAUAACCGGCACUAUUCCAAAUGUAUACGAGAAUUGGAGUGAGUUGAAGGGGUUUAUUUUGAAUAAAAAUCAAUUAGAAGGAAGGGUGCCUACUUCUUUGUACAAAUGUCAAAAUUUGAGAAUAAUUGAUUUGGGCAACAAUCACUUAAAUGACACAUUCCCUGUCUGGUUAGCAGAUCUUCCCAAAUUACAGGCUAUUGUCCUCAGAUCAAACAAUUUUCAUGGUGACAUUGUAACCUCUUCUACGGUUAAAUCCCCAUUUUCAAGUCUGCGUGUGCUUGAUUUAUCAAAUAAUGGGUUCUUCGGCCACCUCCCUACAAAAUAUUUUCAAAACUUCAAUGCCAUGAAGAAUGUGCUAAAAAAGGACACUGAACCAGAAUAUGUGCAAGUAGGUCGCAUGUAUUACUCUGUCAUUGUUGCGUGGAAAGGAACGGAACGAGAUUUUGAACGAAUUUUGGUUGAGUUCACAGUUGUUGAUUUAUCAAACAAUAAAUUUGAAGGGGAGAUUCCAAACAUCAUUGGAAAUCUGAACUCUUUGAAAAUGCUCAACUUGUCCCACAAUAGUCUAACUGGUCGAAUCCCACAAGCUCUAGGGAAAAUAUCCGAAAUUGAAUCAUUAGACUUAUCUUGGAACCAACUUAUAGGAGAGAUCCCUCAAAGCCUUUCUGACUUGACGUCUCUUGGAUUCUUAAAUCUAUCACAAAACCAUCUUGUUGGCCGCAUUCCACAAGGAAAGCAGUUCAACACGUUUGAAGGGGACUCAUUUGGAGGGAACCCAAAACUCUGUGGGCUUCCAUUGCCCCAAAAGUGCUUUGAGCAUCCACAGCAACCACAACAUGAAGGUGAUGGGGAUGGAGAAGAUGAGGAGAAUGAAUUUACAUGGAAAGUGGUGAUGAUAGGAUACGGGUGUGGAACCUUACUUGGAAUAGUGUUGGGAUUUCUCAUGUUAUCAACCGGAAGACCUAAAUGGUUCAAUGCAAUUGCUGAUGCAGCAGAGCAUAUCAUCCUGAUGAGGAAAAAACAAGAGUAGAUAGUAAACUUAGUUCAUGAAUGGUAAAGAACUUAAGGGUGGAGUUGGACCCUUUUGAAUCAUGCAGUUGUUGAUAAACUUCUGUAUUGUGUUGUAUUUUGAGUAUUUAUUAUUAUGUAGUAUUUGUCAAAUGGUAAAAAUACUGAAUUGAUUAUUAUUGAAUAAUGAUUAUUCUUCAACA